AUGUCAUCACACGUAGCCAUUACCGAUAAAAGUAAAGAUAAAGAUAAAAAGAAGGAUAAACAAUGUAAUUCAUUCCGAGUGACGUAUAACGUACAUGGUGCGCAGGAUCGCUUAGCGUUUCAAUCCAAGGGGACAACAGACUGUACGGAAUCUCUGAAUCGAAAUUAUGCUAUGUGCCGCAAAGAUGUUCAGUUAUAUCAAAACUUAUAA